AAAUUUUAUUGAACCACUUACAGAUAUGCAAAAGAUCGUUUAAUUUAUUCUUAAAAAAUAAGUACAAUGUACGAUCAUCGCUGAAAUAUUUUUCUCUUGUAAAACUGUACGAGCGCAAGAUAUUAAAAAAAAUCAAAAAAGGAAGUGCAUCCCGCUUACGCACAUGUUUGCAGGGGUUGAAAUCUUAAAUCCAUGACCGACGCCGGCGCUAUGCUAUAGUAACCCCGUUACAGACUCAUCCCUUGCGCUGUUUCCGUGGGGUUUUGUGUACGGAAGUAGUCGCAAAUCGAAGGGGUCGAAAAUGUAAAAUCGCUCCGUCCAAAGGCCUCUCUUCGAGGCUCCUCUAACGGCUUAACGAGUGCAAUUGUUAGUGCUUAGUUUAGGUAAAUAUUUAGGGAAACUCUCGCGAUCGGUCUUCCAAAUAAUUAACCAGGAAUGUUCAGCUGCGUGUGGCAGCUAUGUGGAUGGGUUGAUCCCAGUAGAAUGGAAAAUAAAAAAGGGAUCUUCCAAAAUCAACAAGCAAAUGAACAAACCAAAAUCGAAACGUUCGUAAAGCAUCCUCCGAACCAAAACUCAUCCGAUCUACAGCGCAACGUUCAAUACAACAUCAAUUUGAAACAACCCAACUACAUCGUGCAACAGAUCAACCCGAAUUUCCAAAAUUUCCACUACGAAAACCAGUACAAAAUAUACAAGGUACCGGAUGGUUUCAAGGCGCCCCAACAUUUCCACGCUCAAUACGAGAAGAGUGCUCAAUCGCAACUGCAAAGAAUCCCGCCCCAAUCUAGUCUCGCGCUCCCGAAUGCGUCGCACAUCUGGGUGCCCCAGCAACCGUCGGGCUCCGUCGCGUUUCACAAUCAGCCGGCCCCGCAAUGCGAGUACCAGAAAAUCAGCCCCCCGACGGCUUUCCAGAACCAAGCGAAGCCCGUCUCGGAUAAAAAGAAAACGACCGGGACUUCCCAACUGAAGUCCCCUUCGGCCAAGCGACCGCCCGAGGCGCCUGUCACCAAGCAGGGAUGGCUGCACAAACAGGGCUCCGAAGGACUGAUGUUGUGGAAGAAACGGUGGUUCGUGCUGGUAGAAUAUUGCUUGUUUUAUUACAAAGGUCCCGAGGAGGAGAAGUUACUAGGCUCGAUUCUUUUACCCUCCUACAAAGUGUCACUUUGCAAACCUGAAGAAAAAAUCAGCAAAAAAUUCGCUUUCAAAUGCGAACACGCCAACAUGCGGACGUAUAUUUUAGCGACGGAUUCCCAAGAGCAAAUGAUGCACUGGGUGCAAGUUCUCAAUAUGGCCAGUCUGAUGCAGAAAAAUCAUGACCUCCCUAAACCAUCUAGCGGUUUCAGCAUCAUCCACCAGCAGCAAAUGAACGACAGCUACGAAUCCAACGAGCAGCACUAUGCAAAAACCAGCCUAAACCCCUCAACUCCUAUUAAUACUCAUUCCCCAUCCAGUAGUCUCCUGCAAGACCAAUGCGUUUACAACCAACCGGUUUAUGCUAACGCCCCCCCGAAACCGAGACGAUUAAACGACGGGCUAUCAUCACCCAGUCCGGACAUACUCGACCGGCAAAACGUCCAAUACCUCGAAUCCAGAAGCCUAAGCAGAUCACCCAAUCCCAUAUACUGCAAAAACCCCAACUACAAGCACAGCAGAGAUUCUCUCAACGAACUCCAACGGCUCCACGACGUCGAACGGCGCACCCCCGAAACCUACGGCAGAUCGAAAUUAGACAACCGCCCGCUCGACUACGAAGACAUCUACAUCGAAGAAACCAUGUACAAAAGACCCCUGAGUCCCGUAGCCUACAACCACGUCGUGAAGCGGACCAACCCCGCGCCCUCCUACCUCCCGCAGAGGUACCCCGUCGAGGUGCCGCAGUACCCGGCGCCGCAGAUGCGCGCCAAGCCGGCCGGCGGCCACUUGGCGCGGCCGCACAGCGCCGAUUUCCUCGAGUACGAGCUCAACCACAAGCCGGAGGAGCCGGCGGCGGCGCCGCAACGGCCGCGGCCCAAGUCCAGCCUGGACAUCGACAGCCGCGCGGACAACGACAACGAGUUCUACUCGCGCGAGCGCUACGCGGAGAAGAUGCGCAAGUCGGCGCAGUACUUGAAGCACGCGCCGGCGAAGUAUCGGGCGAACGAGGCGCCCGAGUACGAGUGGAUGCGCUACGAGGGUCGCGUGCAAAGGCCGCAGCCGGCGAGGAGCAAGAGCUCGCUGUGCGACGGGAAGCCUGACGGUAUCGGCGAUGUGAAGUACGUGGAAAACGUGGAUUAUUCGAAGAUGUAUUACAGCAAAGGCAGGAACGCCGAGUACGAUCACUUCACGAGAUCGGCCAGCGCUCGGCUGGCGCACCAAACCGAGAGGAUACCGAGCGAGAGCAAAAUGGCUUAUAGAGAUGGCGAAAGAAAGAGGGAAGAAUCGAUGAGGAGGUUGCUGGAAUGGAAGCAGCGAAUGUUGCAAUCGCCUUUGAACAGGAAAAUAAAAGGGAACAUAUCGUACCGCGGGAGGGCGGACUUGUACAGCAACGACAUCGGCUACAAGCUGUCGAAGCCGAAAUACAACGAUUCGUACAUUGAUGAUUUUCACUCGAAAAGUUCGAAUCAAUACAACAGCUACUCGUCCGACGAUGAAGAAAAUAAGAAGAGCGGCAAGAAAAUUGUUCAAUCACAGGCAGGACGGACCUUGGACAAAUUUACCAGUAACUAUGAGUCACCUACACCCGCACAACCUCUUUCUACCACUGUACUUAGUACCUCCACAGAACGUGCAAAGCCAUCGUAUCACUUUAACUCGCAUGAAACACCCUACACAAACGUUAUCGAAAAGCUUUUAGUCUCGACUUGUCAGGACGGUUCUCAGAAACCGCUUAAAUUUAGCAAAAAGGACUUAGACCAACUGUCGAAUCUCUCCUCCGAGCUCGCCGAGCAAAUGUCCGCGUCCGCCGUCAGCUUCGAAUCCGAAAGCAACAACUCCAAAACCGGCGCAACCAAAUCGGAACAGAAAUGCGAAACGCCCGACAUCGUAACCGUCGAGGAAAAUUACAUGCCCAUGUCGCCGAGCAAGAGACUCUCAUCGCAACUGGGCGGGAACUACGACAACGCCUUCGAAGUACUAGGCGAAAGCGUGAAAAUCGACGAGAAUCACUACGUAGAAAUGACGCAAAACGCGGUCAACUCCUCUUUUUUAUCCUGUAGUUUCGUCGCUCAAACGGGCGAGCAACCCAUGCAGAUUUUCAACGACGACAAAUUAGAACCCCUCUACGUCGAACUCAGAAGUCCCGAGACGGCGAACGAGGAGGAUUUUCCCGAUAUACUGAUCACCCCCGAAACGAAAUCCAACGCGAAAUCGGACAGCUCCGAUGCCGACGACGAGGCGUCGAAAGAUUUAGACUCGUUGGACACGCCGAGCCAGCCGAGGUUCAGCUUAUCGGACACGUUCAGGCCGGCUUCUUAUUAUCUGGGAACCGGCCAGGCGAACGCCGAUCUUCAAGACAGUUCGGACAGCGAGCUGGUGUCGCCGCCGCCGAUUCCAUCGUCGCCUCCGCCGCUCGACGACAUGAACAGCGUCAGCGAGUGCAGCUACACCAACUUCAAGUUAAAGGAAGACAAUUCCGAUGGCGGUAGAAUAAAGGAAACCAAACGGAGGACGUCCGAAAACAACUCGAUCGUUUCGAAUAACACUGAUGACGGUACGAAAACUGAUAAACCUCAAGCGGAUUUAGAACAGUACGUGAACCGCGCUGGUUCUUCGCAAGGAAAUUUCCACGCCUACGAAAAUCUGCUGCUCUCGCAAUACGAAAGCGCGAAAUUGGGUAAAGAUUUAGCCGAAGAAGACAACGAUUUUUCGGAAGUAGAAAUACACGAGAUUUGCCUGCCAGCGGCGUCGACUUCCUCGGAAAUCGCCGGUUUAUUACAAACCGAUUCUCCGAAUUUCUCCGCCUCGUCCGCCCCGUACUACUACUCCGAUCUAUCGAUCACCCUAACAGACUCCCAAUCCUCGUUGCUCACGCUGAACAACCAGCGCAGCACGCUCAAGUGCAAGAAGGACAUAUCGCACAUACGGAACCCGAUCAAGUGCAACGGCGACGGCGCCGCCACGUGCCGGCUCGCCGCCGAGGCGCGAUCGGCGUCGGCGGACUUCCUCAACCUCGCCGACAAGCCGGGCCACAUCGACGACAAGAACAUCUACGAAUCGAGCCCGGCGAAGGCCAACAACGCCGGCUUCCCGGCGCGCAACCUCUUCAAGCAGCACGACAAGUUCCAGCCGGCGGACGCCGAGGCGACGGUGCGCCGCUCGCACUCGCUCGAAGGGCUGCUGGAGGACGUGCUGAAGGACGGGCCGGCCGCCGCCGGCAAGGCCGAGGAGGCGUCCGAGGGCAGCUACCUGUGGGAGGAGGACGCGAUAUGGCGCGAGCGGCUGCGGUCGGCCAGCCAGCGGCACACCAAGUCGAUGGAGGACCUGGACACCAUCGGCGAGGCGGAGGCGAAGAGGAAGUCGAAGGCGCCGAGGGCGAUCACGCGGGGCGUCACGUACGUGAACGAGAACUACGUGAAGGUGGAGAAGCACCAGGCGGACGCGGCGAAGAGCAGGAUCAGGAAAGACGGCAGCUUCGUGUUGGAUAGGGAGAAAUUGAGGCAGUGGGAUUUAAUGUCGAGCGCGCCGUCUGAUAAUCAGGUUUCUGCUGCAGGCGCUAACCAAGCACAGGAGGGUAAUAACGUUGUGGUGGAAAUUUCGGAAGGCAAUUUUCAUCAGUCUGAAAUUAGCACAGAUCAACAAACAGCGUCUGGCUCGAUUUCCAUGAAUCCGCGCGAUGCCAAUCAGAUGAGCACCUUUCCCAGAUCGGUCUCCGCCCAAAAGACUUGGAUCCCGUCGAAUUUGCCGGCAGAAGCGCAUUCUGUAACGAACCUAUCCAGAAACAGCGAUAAAGAUUUCAAUGCAUCAAAUCCAAGAAUGUAUUACGCACAUCAAUCAUCUAGUCAUCCCAACUUAACGCCAGCGAGAAAGGAACACUGGCCAAUUAAUGAAAAAGUGAGCGUAUCCGCCGGUGAGUUACUAGGUAGAACCCAUGAAGAACUCGUGUUGUUGUUAAUACAAUUACGUAGGCAAAGUUCGCAAACAAUACAAGCCAUUGAAAAUUGUUACAAUGAAAUCGAUACUAUACAGGCCCAAUUGUACGCAAUGGAUCAAACGAGAAGAAUGGAGAAUUUACAAAAACUGGAGCAAAUCAAACAGCAUUUAUUAGAACUCGAGAAACAAUACGAAAAGGGCAAGCCGCUGGUGAAUUUGGUCGACAACAUGGUUAAACUCGGCUCGCUUUAUCGCGUUCCGCAAGAACGAAGCAACAUCAGCCAUCACAUCAAAGACAGAAUCGAAUUCAACCAGCACAUUCAGGAGCAGAGGCUCCUCGCCGAGGAGAAGCGCGACUGGAACCGAUUGAACACCAGCCACCUGCACCUGCAGGAGAAAGUCCAACAGCUGUACGCCCUCGACAGGUUAAUCCACGAAGAGUCCGGCACGCUGCAAAACUUGCAGCAGGACAAGGAGGGCAUCGAGCGCGCCUUGGGCGGGCUGCGGCAUCGGCUGAGCAAAGGAUUCAAGGACCCCAGCGAGAUCGAGAUGGCCAGGAAGCAGCAGAUCAUGCUCGAGAACGAGCUGAUCAGGGUGCACUUCAUGCUGGCGCAGAACUCGAAGAAAUUGGAGGAGACCGUGUCGGGAAACGCGAAGCUCGAGCAAGAAUUGAUGGUGUUGAAGCAGAAGUUGCAGAGCGCCACGAUGCAGAACACUCCGCAAUACACCAAUCCAAGCGAUAGUAUAACGUGUAGUGCGGAAAACAGCCCUGAACUGGAUUCCGACCUCCAUAAAGUGAAGAAGAAGAUCGGAGAACUCCAGCAGCAAAGACAGAAACUCAGCCUGCAAGUCCGGCAACUCACAGACAGAUCUUCGAAUUUGUCCCAGCAGAAGGUUCUACCGAAUGAUAUUCAAAGCAGCAGCAUGAACAAGAAAAGGAUCCAGUCGCUCUGGCGCGAAACCGAUUUAGACACGAUGUCGAUCACCGAUCACGGAGAAUACGACGCCAAUUCUCCACGCGUCAAAUCCAACCCACUGUACAUAAACACCAGCUACAGAAACGAGGAAUACGAUUUCUGCCAAGACACCAACACGAAUCCCUUCACCAACGACCACGCCACGACGACAGCGAUCCCCCAAGAGAAGCAAGAAAUCAAAACGGUGCGGAUCGUUAAAAGGGAAUCCGAGAAACGCCAACGGGACCGGGAAAAAUCCAUGCCGCCCGGCAAAUGGGACGCGGUGCAAGAAGAAGACAGCUCGUCGGACAGCUGCAACGUCUUCAAACCGCCUCUCCACAUCGCCCAAAGCGCCCCGUCUCUGCUCUCGUCCGCCGAGGAUCUCAACGGAUCGGGCGACCAGCGGGCCCCCGGCGACGACAAGCCGCACGAGAUAUCGCCCGUGUUCAAAAGCGAAGCCGCCCGGGAGAUCAUCACCGAGAUGGCGAUCCAGCAGACGCCGAAGCAGCCCAACAGGCGGAUCGUGCCGAAGGAGAAGCGCAGGCACUACACGGCGCCGCACGACCAGUCGCUCCUGCAGAGCAUCCAGCAGCUGCCCGACGAUGCGGACAAGUUCGGGAUGAACGGCAGGCGGGCCAGGGACGAUUUGGACAUGGAGCGGGCGCUCAGGCAGCGGAUCGACGCGCCCGACGUCGUCAGAUCUACUCUGAUCAACACUGAGCUGAAGUAUAACGAGAGAACCAUCGAUGAUUUACUCGGAACGCCUAGUAAAAUAAAUAUUCCGGAACGGUACAUCCCCGAGCAACUGCCUCAGCUGUCGGUAGAGGAGCAGGAAUACCGGCUGAAGAAAGUCGAGUCGAUUAAGAAGAUGCUGUCUGAUACGACGUUUAUAAGUACGAGCACUACUAAUUUAAACGAAGAUGGUCCAGAGACUGCGAAAGCUCCGACGAAGAUAAUCAACAAGGCCACUUCGAAGAUGUGCGACGAGAGGAAGCAAAGGGAGCAUUUACUGCAGCUCAAUCAAAUUUUGGCCAAGCAAGUGAUGGAGAUGAGCAAAAUCGUAGCAGAAAAAGCAACGGCGAGUAUGUCCAAUCAAAAGGAGCAGAAUAAAGCAGAGGAAGACGAAGAUUUAUCGCCUUUAACACCCUUGCCUCUUUAUCAACAGCGUGAUAAUUUUUACACUUAAAUGUUAUUUGUUUAAUUUAUAGAAAUAUUAGUUAUUAUGUGCUAAAGUACAAGUUAAAAUUAAAAUAUUUGUUGUAUUUAAUUUUGUAUUUUAUUAAUUUAUAUAAUCGUGAAGAUAAUUUUAAUUACCAAUUAAAAACUGUGCCUGA